AUGUAUGGAGACCAGGCCAAUAAGUUAGUAGCGGAUGCAAAGAGAUUCUCCAACUUACCCAGCAUUCCGAUCUACCAAGCUGACCUGGUUAAGGACAUAGUCAAGGAGAUCAACGAUUUGAAUCGAGAUGCUGAAUAUUUAUCAACAAUCAGUGACAACCUCAAGGAAAAUGAAGCAGAGGGCAACUCUACCCAGCAGGAGGAAGAUUACAGGAUUAACCAGUGUCAGACAUUUGUAACACACUUAUCUAUGAGAAGGAAUAAGCGAUGCUUGUUAGCAUAUGAAAAGUUACGAAGUGACAAGCUUAUAGAAUUUGCAUGGUUGAACAUUGAUCCAGCAGAGUCAAUAAAUCAAUCAGCAUCAUCAUCAACUGAUACAGCAGCGACUGCAGGAGCACCGUCUUUGCCAAAUAGUAAAACGCUUCUUCCACAACCAAAAACAAUUCCCAAUUACACUACACAAUUAGACUUGAACAAUUUAAAUCAUUUCGAGCAGGAUUUUUACAAGAAUUAUCAAAAUCUAAUAACAAACUAUAAACUGAAGUUUGGUGAAUAUUUAGACUUGACGGGUGAUCUACAACCGCCAACAGAUAUUUUCAUCGAUGUGAGAUGUUUGAAAGAUGGUGGAGAUGUCACAACUGAAUAUGGUUCGUUCAACUUGAUAAAAGACUCUCAAUUUUAUGUCAGGAAAAGUGACGUUGAAAGAUUGAUUCAGCAGGGAUAUUUAGAAGAAAUAUAA